ACUGAACUUACCUCACACAUGAGUGCCUACGGAAACUAGUUAGACAGUCCUAAGCACAGGGAGUCAUUCUGGCGGAGAGUGGACUCCGGAGAUAAUGUGUUUAUCAGCCUUUACUCCGGUUCUUUGGACACGCACGACUAUAUAUCCCGAUGUCACGUGGGAAGUUCGGUGUAGUAUCUCAAACGACGUUACAGGACAAUACGUGGCAUUGUAUUCAGUGUACGGCGACAUUUCUUGUCGGGAAGCUACGACCCCGCAUACUUUCCCGAGACCAAUACGCGUGUCCUCCGAGGAAACACCUUAGUUUGCACUGGCUUUCUUAUCCCUGCACCAUACGUCUUGAGUUAUCAGCAUGUUAACAAGAGUCAUGAGCGCGGUCGACUCUGGCCUGUUCGCGUAGUGCAAUAUUCCAGUCCAGCGAUCCCAGGCAGAUCAUUGGUAAAAGACCUCUGAUCAACACUCGCUACGCAAUAGGACGAAAAGUGAAUGUUAUGAAGGAUGCAGAUACUGUUAUGGUAGUUCCACGGUACCUGUUCUCUCCACUGAGGCGCACAAUUGUCGCUACGUUUCUGUCAAAACACUUCUACCUUGAAAAAGAAAAACCAGGGCAGCGGAUGAAACUACAGUUCUGAAGGGACUGCCCACGUGCGGGCCCUCUCGGUACGUGAAUUUGCGCGUCUCAAAUCAAGGCUAGUUUGCUCUGCCAUUCAGGAGCUGAUAACGCUUCUUUCUUCAGAAAGUUCGAGAACUUGAAUGAAUAGUCCUUGGCACGUCGUUACUGCGUGAUUGAUCUACCUAUUUUGUCGCUUCCUUCUACCGUCAGUAAAACGCAAAUCGUACCUCCCGAAAGCAGCUUCAACCUGCAUCAGCGUCCUGGCUGCAUACAAGCCUGAGAAUUGGACGGCUUCACCAUUAUUCAGCUGCAGCGACAAUCGCAAAGAACACUGUUGCGUAAGAGUACUGUAUAGGAAGACGUACAAGAGCGACGGCGUCCAAUGCCACAUGAGUGCCACAGACCCCUGCAAACACAAGCUAGCUAAGAAACACAUUGGCUAACCCAAGCUAGCUGAGGGGCACACUGUUUUGUGUAUAGGUACACACUGAUGAAAACGUUACCCACAUUACUCAUGAGUGACAAAUGGAUACGACUAGAAGACUCAAGUGGACCACUCUUCUAUCCCGCGGCUUCUGUGUUGGCGUGUGCCUUUAUCGGUGGUAGAGGUCGAAAAUACAGCCUCCGCACAUCGACGAAGCCACAGAUCGAGCGCCAACGGGCAACAGCUGGUUCUACAUAGUGUUUACGAGUAUCACUACCGAUUUUUUCCACGGCCACGUCGGAUUACAACGCUGACGACAGAUACGACAGCCUGUUUCACGUACAUUGACAAAUUAUACUGGAAAACUGAAAUGCCCUGCAGUAACACACAAACGGCUCCCAGAAACUCUGGCGGCGGGAUGCGAAAAGAAUGAGACGAGGCUUGUGGUCUCUAUACGACCCACGGCAGGUUGGGGGGCAGUAAUCGUGUCUCCUUAGUGAGCUUCACUGCGCAUACUCUCUGCCACAGAGCUUCCAGGAAACAGGUUUUGGUUUCUGUUCAGCAUGUGGAAUUGUAUGCGGGCCAAAUCCCGCUCUGAGUUUGGUGUCGAGCACAGCCGCGGAACUGUUUCGUCCUGCCGCAUCCACUUGUUUCAUGAUGCGCGUCGCUUGAAGUUUCAUCGACGCAACCGCACCACUUGUUUUCAGGUACCCUUUUUCCAAGAUGCCUUUUCAGGUAUACAAUUUACUGGGGUGGGUAACUGUGAGCCGACUCACUAUUCUGCUCCUCUUGUUUGCCGGACGCCUCCUCAAGACUAGAGACGGAAACUGGGCCCAAGAGGCGUACGGGUUAGUACAGUCAAGAGUAACAUCCGCCAAGCCUGAGGAUUUUGCUCCCGAAGCUCACCCACGAGGUGGUUUUCCCUCCACACUUUUGUCAGCUUUGGCGGCCGCUCUCCAUGAAAGAUCGUUUCAGGGUGCCCAGGCACCGUCACGUGGGGUGUUUCGUGUUUCUGAGAGCACUGGGUCCUUGUCUUCAGCAAUCCGCAGGAACACUGGCGCUGCCGCUGCAUCUGUUAGGCCGUCACCAUCGGAGGAGCAAGUGUCAAAAACCGAACGGGGUGCUGAAUUUGUCACAACAUCCCAAUCAACACCACCUGCUAAGAACGCUUCGGCGCCUGGCGGUUCGUCUUCUGGUGCACGGGACUUUAGCUCAGCCCCUCCAGACCACCAUGCACCAGAACGUCGUGAGUUUGAGCCACCAUUCAGGCUGCUUUCCAUCUAUCCUGCUGGUACGAAGUCAACGUUUGUGUUGAAGGGGCUGCAACCGCUUCUCGCAGCCUUCUCGCUUCCAGUGGUACCUCUGGGCGGGGCUCCCGUGUCGGAUAGUGAUGCCCCAGAGAAGGCAGCUUUCUCGGUACAAGCGAACAAUUCUCUCGGCACUGUCCCGGGUAGAGGUUACUGGUUAACUCCGAAGGUGUAUCGUUUCGAGCCAUUUGAUCCGUGGCCCACAGAUCUUCGAAUCGUGGUGCAACUCAAUGGGUCACUGCUGUCUCUAAGCGGCGAUGCCGUGGACACAGCUGAUCCGUACUGGAUUCGCAACAAUGUUCGCGAAUUUACGACACCCCGGCUUGUUGCCCUCGUCCGUGCGGUAACUUCCAAGCUUGCGUCGAGUUUUACCGAUGGUCGAUGGUCGCCUACCCUGAGCAACAGUGCUGAUCCGUUGUCGAAUCAUCUGGAAGUACCCCCGGAUGGACAGGUUAUCAUUACGUUCAAUUCAGUCAUAGACAUAGAGAACCUCAAUGACGAGAGACUUCAUCUCCGGUUACUCGCUGUCUCACAUACCCGUUCGGGUGGAGGAACGCAGGAGGACCAGCACUACUACGUGGAUUACGAAGCAAGACAGUGUACUGAGGCAGAGGUUGACAGUCUGGUCUCGGGAGGACCUGAUGUUGCCAUGCGCACCGCAGAUGACCAACAUCGGCAGCGCGACGAAAUUGUUGGCUGCGCCGUUUUAUCAUUCACUAAGGAUCCACUGAAGUCUGGCCAGGAGUACGAGCUCCUCAUGAAGAAGAAAAUUAGGUAUAAUAAGCUGAGUGGCCCUACGGGUCAACGGAAACCGGUGGUGCUCCAGCCCCCCGACGUCAAGCCUCAGCAGACAGAGUAUAUGCAGGCUGCUUCCCUCGCUUCGAGUUCGACUUCGGUGUUCUCCCGUUUCCUUAUGUCAGUGGGUGAAAACCCCCUUGAGGAUGCUGCAGGGGCUCAGGCAUCUAAUGAAGAGAACUCGGAAGAGGACGACAUUGACAGUGAGUGGGACGGUGAAGACCAGAGCCCAGAAGGCGACGAAGAUGGCGGGGUGGAACAGACAGCGUCAACGGACCCGGUGGACAACAGUGGCGUUGUGUAUACGGAAGUAACUUUGAAUCCACGCCAGUUCGAGAAGAUUGGGGGAGAGUCGUUUGGCAUUCAGCUGACCGGUCUUCGGCCUUUUAUGUUUUACGGCACGGGAAGCUCCAGUUUUCGCAGCACGCCAACGGUCCGCUAUCGACGCCUUGUCUUGAUGCUCCCUCAUAGUUUGAAUGGCUACCAGGCACCAAGGCAGCUGUGGCCCAGAACGCACACUGGUUCGAGGAGUACCGCUGAUGACCGGUCGGCAAAGGCCGUGGAACGCCUGGCAGAACAGCUUGAUCUGCGUGUUGAGGGGACGGGACAAACCGUUAACUUCACUCUGCACAUGCAAGACAGUGUCACAGCUGUGUUAGCCACUCGCGACCUCCGUCCAGGAGGAAGUUACGUCUUGUCGGUCCGAGGCACUGUCAUGGUGCGGGACAAAUUCAACCAACCGCUCCAGUCCUCUACGCUUGCCUUUCGCAUGGACAAGCUUCAAAGCGUUGCAAAGCUUAUUAUGCCCAGAGAUUCGCGCGUCUGGUUCAUUGACGAUUCGUACCUCCGGAGCCAGUUGAGGGACGCAGCUGAGGUCCACAUGGGGACGGCUGUACAGUUCAGUGGCAACGGCCGCUCCACCAGUGCUUCGUCGUCCAAUGAGGAUAUGGAAGUGCGACAGGUGAUCGCGAAUAACUUCAGGGAGUGCCUGCUCAGCCACCCAGAAGCAUGUCUGGCCUCGCUCUUCGAUAACGUCACAAGUAACCGCGAAAACUAUCACGGCAGAAGCGUUACAGAAGUGACUCCAUCCUGGAUUUUCCCCCAUCCACUUCUCGUGUAUGCUUUUGAAAAUCGAGCCUCCCGUCUGUCGGGGUCGUUGAACACCACGAUCGUUCGACCUUUGCUUUUUCACAAGUUCGCUACUGCCUCACUUUUCCUUGUCACUGUGAAGAGCAAGGACCCGAUUCAGCUGUACACGUCGACUUCGAAUUUCCUAUGGGGGGUCUUGCGUCUCCUCGUGCGUGUCACCCCCACCGUCAUGCCCGAGGCAGGGAAAUCUCCUGCCUUUCUGGUGCAGGUACUUGACCUUGAAACGGCGUAUCCUUUGAAUCGCUCGACAGUCUCUGUGUACGGCAAGACACCGGGUGACCCCGUGGUGUCUCUCGGUGUCGGCACGACGGAUGUGCGAGGCUUUGCACUAGUUCCGAUUGCGAAACCAGAAGUAACAACGAAAUUGAUUUUGGUCGUGGCGCAUGAGCGACAGACCGCACCGUACGUGAGCGAGAUCAUCGACGCACCCUCUGUGUGGUUCUCUUCGAACACUGGUGGCUCAACACCCGGCGCAUCCAUUGAUCUGUCUCCUGUAGUCUUGCGCCUGCGAAAUGGGGGAAUCAUUCUCCAAAACGAUCUCUCAUUCGUCCUGCUGAGUGACCGCACCACGUAUCGCCGAGGAGAAUCCAUCCACCUGUAUGGCUUUCUUUCCCUCAUGGUAGAGUCGUGGAACAGUGGUUUACGUGCAACGACCCUUAUUCACGACGCCUAUGGCUUGAAUCCAGGAGACUUGAAAGUAUGGUUGCAACUGACGUGGCAGGAUCCAGAAGGCCCGAAAGGGGCGGCUUUAGGCCCGGGUCGUGAGGACAGCAGAGACGCACGGAUCACAGAGCGAGCCCCUGGGGACAAUGCUAAAAAGCGUUCACGUAGCGCCAGAUCUUCGUCAAGCAGAAAUUAUAUGCGAGACGGUACAAUGUGCUCGAACGCUGUAGUUUCGCUUGACGAAUUCGGAAAUUUUAUCGCUUCUAUGAAGGUUCCAAUCCAUGUUGAGCAUGGCCAGCGAGCUGUGAUUGAAGUGGGCGUCUUCGAGCAGGGAAUGCUUCACGAGGAGGCUGCUCUCGUGGCUGGUUCCUGCACGAUUCGCCCGGAGAGCGUCGCGCAAACGGAGACUGUCGUUCAGCCCAGAGUGCUGUCUGGGCCAAAUAUCGUGGUCUUCGCGCCGAAACGCACAGCAGUGUUUCUCAGUGAGGUCAGCGUCCCGCCCAUCGUUCGCUACAACGACGAACUUCUCGUGAAAGGGUUGGUGAAAAACUAUGACGGCCUUUACCUGAACGGGCAACAAGUUCGAGUUCGCUUCAGCUUUGAGGUGCCGACUUUCCUUCGGACCCGGUUCGGGCGCAAGUCGAGCUGGUGGACCGUGAAAACGAGGCAGCCCGCGGCGUCUGCUUCCGUCGUUUCCCGAGACGCGGGCUGGGUCUGCAUUGAGACAGUUGCUUGGUCGAAUGCGUCGGGAAGCUUUGAGGUUAGAUUGGACCUUGCAGAUGUGGUCUGGAUGGCUGAUGACAGAAAGGCGAACCGGCUACGUCUGCCUCCGGGCACCUCAAUUUCUGUCGAAGUUGAAUGUCAGCGACAGCAAACGGAACAGGGAACGUCCUACAAAGAGACAACCAUCGUGGCCAAUACACCUUUUAGCAUCGGUGCAUUUGACGUUUCUAUGACACCGCUGCUUCCUGGGGUACCGUUCACAGUCACCACCAAUGUGAUCCCUCGGCCUCGGGUGAAGACACCGGAGCAAUUUGGUCGGAAGGUCCUUCUCCAAGUCUUCCGAGUAAACCCUGAGAUUUCUCUUCCUCUGCCCGAAGGGACAAACUGGGAAGACUGGGUGAUGAACCCGGGAUUGACGCGCUGUCCCAUGGGGGAUAUGCCCCUGGCGGCGGAUGGAACGAUUGAAGUGAGGGAACUGGAGAAACUUGAGGGAAUCAGUUUGGUGCAGCGAUGUGAUGCCAAGAGGCCUUGCUACGUAAAACUUCCGGUUGAUGCAGCUCAGUACCUUUUCAUCGCGACGCUCAUUGACAAGACCAUGGGCCGUGAGACACACUGCGAGUUCUUUCAGGCCAAUCAGCGGACAUUAUCAUCGCAUCACCUUUCUUUGCAGGUCCGUCCACACAAGCGUACAUAUGCGGCCGGCGACUCGGUUCGUCUGCGGUUCCUGAAUCCGUUUACGGAGGGCUCUGCGAUUAGGCCGGUGACGGCAAAGACUCGGACGAGCACAGGCAGUGAGAGUGUUGGAACGACUGGAUCGGAAAUGAUUGAGGCAAAUGUAUCCGUUGUCUGGAAUACGAAGUCACUGCGUCGCCACUCACGAAUGGUUACUUUCCGCAAGAUGGAUGCUGUAGAAAUCUCUGUUGGCCGAGUGCCGGAGGAAUGUUUAACGGUCUGCGCUUUCACGCUUUUCAUAACGAUGCCAAUAUCGUCCGAGCCGCUGCCUCUUAUGCAGCUCAAUCUCGGCCAAAACAGGCUUUACCCAUCUACAACACUUCCACGAAACCCUGUGGCCCUAAAUUUUGGACCCUUCGUCGUCGAGCAAGAGGUCAAAGUGGUCGUAUCGCAUCCUGUCCGAGAGUUGCAGGUUCCUGCAGGCGCCGUUGACCUGCGCCUUCUAGAUUCGAGGGGCGAGCCAGGGAAUACUUUUGACGGAAAAGAGCGUAUCACUGUGCAGGUGACCGUUCACAAGGGUAAGUUGCGGCUCGAACGGUUUUUGAAAAACCCUGGCAUAGCUCAAAGCGCGAAUUCCAGCAGCUGGCAACGUGGGAGCAUCUCACUCCAAUCAGCAAAGCGAUUCUCCCCGACGUUUGCGACACGGACCUCUCUGACUAGCGAGUCUGCCAUUCCACAGGAGGGCGGGGACAUCGAGGAAGAAAACGAGUACGUUGACGUGCCACUCAGCGUCAAAGGUCAGGUCGUGCUGACAAUGGUCGACAAACGCUUCCUGGAUGUCCGUUCCGCACCACUCUUCCACCUGGCAGAGCAACUAGAAAAGCGAGCGACUGUUGGGGUAAACGCUGGCGCUGGAACGAUGUUCUUGAAGUGGAGUUCCUCGCUUGAACAGGCCUGCAGCUAUGAUGGUUUUCGUUUCAUCAAUGAAGUGAAACAACGCAGGCAAGCAGCGGAUCCGUGGCUCGAUGUUCUGCCCUGGCCUCUACUGCCGCGACUGUUCUUCAACUCCACGUAUAGCAAGGAGUAUCUAGAAGACACCGUAGUUUACGACCGAUACGCGUGGUCGCUUACCGGCCAUUUUCGCCCCAAACAAGCUGACAGUCUGCAUAAAGUGCGCAUGAGUCAACGGGGGCUGUUCAUGACAGCAUGGGAAAAGGCUUUAAGUCAGGAGCCAGCUCAGGAAGAGGUGCAAAACAACAACGGAGAGUGGGACAUCACGCCGGAUGCGCCGAGUGGAGCCUCCAGUGAGAACGAACGAGAGGAUAUGGAUAUGCUAGAGGCCGGGCGGUCCCUACACCGAGAAGGUCGUGGCGCGGAUUACGAGAUACAGUUUCUCCCUCGAACGGAACCGAUUAUCGGUUGGCAGGUAGUUGAACUGGUGGACACAGGCCGAGGGUUGCUUCGAGGCACCUUCGAGGUGGAACUCCCCAAUGAGGCGACUGCACAUGUCGUGAGAGGCUACACGGUUCUGCGUGUGAAUGCGCAGGAGGAAGCACUGAAAUCGGAUGAAAUCGCUCCCGGUCGACCCCGCGGUGAAUCUGAUAGCGCCGCUCGCGGUGGUGUCGCUGCAAAGAACGGAACUCGACGAGACAUGCUGGUAAGCGGCCGAUCGAGCGAUGGAGCCGAAGCAGGGGGGCGAGAGAGACGAUCAGGGACCGUCCUCAUGUUGGACUCUCGGGAGAAAGUCUUUCAGAUUCGGAAGUCUGUGGCCGCUCACGCGUACGCCCCGUCCACUCUUCGAUCACAGGACGUGGCCCUUGUGGGGGUGACUUUGGAUGUCGGCUCGAGCCUGAUAGGGAAAGGCGUGGUGGUAAAGCUUGUCUCAACUUCUCUGUUGACGCCAUUAACUUCGCUGACGCCAAGAACGCAGCAUGUGUAUAUUGCGGGGCAGACACAAGAGGUCUUGUUUCACGUAGCCGCAGACAGAGGUUUGGGCAGGGCUCAAGCAACUUUUGCUGUCGCGCUGGAGGCUUCGAGCACCCGGGUGGCAUCGCCCGUGGACUCAAUCUCCGAAUGGUUUUCGCUGUCGUCGCUUCCCGCUUUGAGUACGGCUUCCGAGUCGAGCGGCAGCAAAAGUAGCCUUAAAGUUGACAAAAGCGAAAGGUCGAAGCGGCGGUUCAAGCGCGUGAGCACCGUGCAGGUCACGAUAGAGGUAUUGCCGAGCUUGCGCCGCAUGAACACCGCUUCAUUCUAUCCGUUCGAAGCUCGAAACAUUUCCCUGGAUAACCCAGAAGUGGUACAUUUGCUGCGCAACGCAAAUGUCGGGGCGCCGUUGCCAUACCCUGUGAUGCCUGACGUCGGGGCGUUUCGGUUGGCUGCAGGAACGAGUUGUCUAUCGGCAAUCCUUUUCAAACUGCGCGAACUCAUCCGAACGAGGCUUACCGUGCACAGGGAGAACCGCGGGCUGGACCGACUUCAACGAUCCUAUAACGGCAGUGACCUUUUGAUUAUUUUAUUUGGCGAGGCGUUGAUGAGGAAGGCGUACCAUUUCGAGGAUUCUGAAGUUUCUGCAGCCGCUGAACGCGCUAGGUCGCUCCUCCCGGCUUUUUACUCCGGAGACUCCUCCCGAGGCUUUCUGUCGGCGCCUGCAGAUACACUUCAGGGUGCAAAAGCACCGCUGAGCAUCAUCCUAACCAUGCUCGCCGUUUUUGUGGCAGACGCCGACGUAACAGCAUCUCUGCAGCAGCAGAGGAAGAAGUUUGUCACGUCAGUAAACCGCUACAUUCGACUGCUCGCGACCCGGUGGAACCAAGAUAACGGAGGGUUGACUUUGUUACAGUAUAUAGGUCCGGAGCUUAUUGGAAUUAUCCGGUUUGUCUUGGGAUCUUCGCACAGAUUUGGGCUCGAUGUGGAGGCCGAACAAGCGCUUUCGACGGCGAGCUUGCUGCCGCCAGCGCAAGCCGCCCGUGAAGAUCUUUGUGACAAACUUCCGUCCCACGUUCUCUGGGCACUGCUGGUGAUGAAGAGAGAAACUCACACCACGGGAACACAUCCGGUAGAGCUCAGAUGCAUCCACGCGAUGAGAAGGCUAUUCCGACGGCAGGGGAGCAAAGGAUACAUCGCGUUGGAUGCCGUCACAAACGAACCCAACACCAACACGGUGCACAGCUUGGUACUCCUCUUAUUAACGUCAAGUCGUCAGUGGACUGAGGAUUACGCUAUGGAAAUACGGACCAUAAUGACUUUCCUUUACGGAGGCGGAAGGAAACCGCCCCGAUCCUUUAUGGUUCCAGGGCUCUCAAGAUGGUCUCUUGUGUUACUCCUCGUGGCUCUAGAACAGUGGGAUCGCCAGCUGGGGAAUAUGGCAGAUCAGAGCAUGAUGGUCGAAGUGCAAGCUCGAGAACCCUCUGAGAUUGAUGGUGUCCCUCUGAUCGACGGCUUCUUUGACUCUGACCACAGGGGUCCAGUAGAAAGGUCCCUCGGCUGGAGCGAGCUCGAGAAACGCAUUGCUAGCAGGAGGGAUGAGAAGCUGAGAGGGCUCUUUCCAAACGAAGCGCCAGCUAAAAAGGCUGGGAUUGCCGCUUUGGCGGUAGGCAAGGGAGUCGCCUUCGUUUCGACCUUUUAUGACUUCGUGCCUCUCAGGUCUGUUGUGUUUCCGACCUACGAGGGGUGUCUGGUCCAGAAGAGGUACCACCUGCUUGAUUCCCAACGGGGUUACUGCAAACCCGACAGCACUCUUGUCGUGAACUCGGGAGACAGGGUUUGCGUGUCUAUCACGGUAACUUUUAAGAGUCCCGCCAAGUUGAUGACACUUCGCGACUGGUUGCCAGCCGGCUUGCAGCCAUUGGACGAUGCUGCGGAGGGUUUCUCCCCUCACAGCCUCACUCUGAUCCAGAGUGACCAGAAGACUGACGACGCAGUGACUCCAUCACUCUUAGAAGGCCGUUGCAAAAAGCAUGUUCGUGGCCAGGCGCUUGAGUGGGUUUGCGAGUCGCUGUCGCCGGGAACGUACUCCUUCGCAGUGUUGACCUCUGCAAACUUCCCUGGUUUUUUCGAGGUGUCGCUGUCCACUGCCUUUGUUUUCGUACCUCUCCGGCCUCCAGCCGCCGGCGAGCAGGCUGACAGAAGAAACGUUUCACGUACUCUGCAAGGAACGAGCGGCGCGGCUCACAAGGCUUUCGCUAUCCUCCCCAUGAAGAAAGGAACAGAGAAGGGCCGGCUAGCUCAAGCAGACCCGUUCACCGCAGCGGGAUUGCCGACGCCUCCCGUAUGGUUUCUUGACAGCCGGCCGAAAAGCUGCCCUCCAUGCGAAUUUGGAACAGUCUGCUCUCCCGCACUGGGUACAUGCGUUCCUGGUGAACUGUGACUCAGCAGGAUUACUAGCCAGCGGCCAUGAUUCCUACGGCUUCUUUUCUGUCAGUCUCUGGCAUAUGACUCCGGAACAACAGUCCUUUCGCUCCGCCACCCCUUGUUGCCUUCCUGCAUGCAGUCCUAUUCGGCGUGAUUGGGCCGAACUGUUGUAAAUCGUCUUUCUCAACGACUCUCAAUGUAGCCGUGUAUCGAUCACUCCAAUUGUCGGGGUGUUUUAGUCUGCGUUUUAGCGCAAUGCACGUGAGUCAGACACGUAUGUCUUUAUCUUGCACUUUUUUUGUUCUCUACAGUUUCCUUCCAGUGUGAGGGAUAUCUACAGUUGGUAAUUGGUUUUUGGCAGCAAAUUCAGCGCGACUACUGUCGGGUCCAGUUGCACGCAUUGCUUCGUCUGAUUGUCCCACGUGGCUUAUGCCUUCCG